AUGCAAGGAUCUAGUUCAGUUUAUGUUGUAACUCCACCAAAUCUAAAUGAAGAUGUGGUUGUUCAAAGUCAAUCCACCGAGAAGGAAAUAAAUGGGAAAAUAGGAAAAUUAAGGAACAUAUUUGAACCAUCAUGUCGAUGGACGCUGGCAAUUGUUGGCUUCCUUGGUUUCGUUUGGGUAUAUGCGCUAAGGAUCAACUUCAGUAUGGGCAUCGUCUGCAUGACAAUUGAUCCUGUGUCAACUGCUGACAAUGGUUCCAAGAACGAAACGAUCUCAACUGACGAUGGACGUUUUAAUGUAUCACAGAGCAACAUGGCAUGCAAUGAGGAUAUAUGGGAUUCAAACAAUCUUAACACAUCUCGGCAUGGUGAAUUUCACUGGAGCAAACAAACGCAAGGACAACUUUUGAGUUCUGUUUUCUUUGGAUACAUUCUAACUCAAAUCCCAGGUGGUUAUAUGGCACAGAAGUAUGGGGGUAAACGAGUAUUCGGGGCAGGUAUGCUGUUUGCCACAAUAGCGACACUGCUGACACCUAUAAGUGCCCGGACGAAUAUAAUAUUACUUUAUGCGUGUAGAGUCGUAAUAGGAAUAGGUUUGGGUGUCACAUUUCCAGCGAUGCAUACCCUCUGGGCGUUCUGGGCACCAAUCAUGGAGAGGAGUAAGCUCAUGACCUUCUGUUACGCAGGCACAACCAUUGGUAAUAUCGCCUCCUUGGCAUUAUCUGGACUCCUCUGUAAUGUUAACAUUGACAAUGGCUGGCCCAUGAUUUACUAUUUCUUUGGUGGAAUGACGGCGUUGUGGUUUCUACUUUGGACAUUUUUAGUCUACGAUAACCCAAAGACGCAUCCCAGAAUAACAGAAGAGGAAAGACUCUUUAUUGAACAGUACCAUGCGAUGUCCAGUGCUGGUUUUAUGGCUGGCAAAUCUAAGUUUCCUUUCAAAUCUAUUGCCAAAUCUCGCCCUGUUUGGGCAAUCAUCAUUGCACAAAGCUGCAACUCUUGGACCAGCUAUACACUUGGAACGUCUAUGCCGCUUUACAUGGAAGAGGUGCUAAGGUUUGAUGUACAUAUAAAUGGCUUCCUGUCAGCGUUGCCCUACCUCUGCAUGUUUUUCACAGCUGUAGGCAGCGGUUUCCUGGCAGAUAAACUAAGGGAAAGGUCAAUUUUAACGACCACUGCAACGAGGAAAUUAUUCCAAACUUUAGGGUUUCUGAUACCAACAGCAUUUCUUUUGGUUGUCAGUCAGCUAGGUUGUGAGCAUAGAUACGUUGUGGCGGGAUGCAUGACAUUGGCCAUAAUGACAACAGGCCUCAAUAGACCAGGAUUCGGGAUAAACCACGUCGAUCUCACACCAAGAUAUGCUGGGGUAUUGAUGGGUAUCACAAACACAAUUGCAACCAUAACAGGAAUGGUUGCACCAAAUGUGGUUGGACUCCUCACAGUAAACGGUUCCAGGGAAGAAUGGCAGGUAGUGUUCUACCUGUGUGCAGCCGUGUCAGUCUUGGGGUCGAUAGUAUACGGACUCUGGGCCAGUGGAGAGGAGCAACCAUGGGGUUUUGGUAUCGUAACAGACCCUAAUGCACGCAGAGGCAGCCAACUCUCCGCAUAUUCCCCAACUUUGGAUCGUCAAAUGCACAGACAUUCACUAUACCCAGCUUCAUAAAUGCCUGACUUUUCUAUGCUCGACUGGUUUAAAUUUGGCUAUGAAUCCAUUCAGUAAUAGCCUCAUGCAUUCUACUUUGACGGACGAAGUAAAUGAAAUGUAUACAAACAUCAUACAUUUGGGCCUAAUCAUUGGAAAACAGGUCUCAUCAUCCAUAUUCAUCUUUUGAGAUUUUUCUUAGUUUUGUGUUACAGGUCAAGUUUUAUCGGGUGUGAUAAAUCUCUUUUCUGAUGAUCGAUGGCUCAUUUAUUAUACUGGAAUUGUAAUAAAAUCGUGCUCUGAAUCAAAACGCGCAUAUUCUGAUAUCGGGAUUGAUAUAUUACCAGAAUUGUUAACAGUAGCAAAACGAAAUAUUUUCUCAUGUUAGCGCAUAAACAGUCAAUUGACUAGGUGUUGAUUUCAAUUUCCUUUAAAUUCUGUACAAAUGCUUAAAUCUU